AUGACAUCAUCAGACAAAUUCCCUGUGUUGGACUUCACUAAAUUUGGCUCGGAUUUUGGAGAGUUUUCCAAAGAAGUCUACAACGCGAGUAACAAGUGGGGGUUCUUCGUUCUCACUGGCCAUGGUAUAUCAGACUUGAAUUCCAUUUAUGACUUGUCGAACCAGUUUUUUAGUCUGCCUCUAGAACAAAAGGCUGAAAAGUCCAUCGAUAAGACCUUAACUGGAUAUGAUGGUGCUAAACUUACAACCUUUGCCGCUUCUGAGGGUAUUAGUUUUGGCCUGCCCGCUGGUGGCGUUUUGCGUACUGGCAAUCUACCUUCUUGGUGGGAUGUCCGUAAACGCCAACAGAUCGAAGAUUUUAAAUCGCAAUGUUAUGAACUCAGUAUGUCACUACUGUCUUGUUUUGCUGUCCAACUUGGCCUUGAUCGGUCGUUCUUUGCGAGAGAUCAUCAACAUCGCGAGCCUGGCAAUGUCUUGAAAUUGAUCAAGUAUCCUUCUUUUCACCGUCAGCCGGAAGGCGUGCCGCGAUUAUCGGAGCACACAGACUGGGGUAGUAUCACAUUUGUUUUGACUGAAAAGGCCGGAUUGGAAAUACGUGAUCCGCUUGACGAGUGGUUCGACGUACCGGUAGUGCCAGGAGGAGUAGUUGUCAACAUUGGUGACGCGAUGUCGCUAUGGUCGAAUCAGACCUUGAAGUCGACUAUGCAUAGGAUAAGCUGGAAGAACCUGAAUAUUCACGAAGAUCGACUUAGUGUAGUGUACUUCACACACCCAAACAACGAUGCAAUCCUGCUGAGUCCUCAUACGGGGUCCAUAACGGAGGCCGAACGGCUCACUUAUCGCGAGUAUCUGCAGAUCCGUUCGGCGUUUACCUAUGCCUCAACACAAGAAGAUGGAGGAGAGGGAGAGAAAUUUGACGAAGUGGAUCCGGCAGUGCUUGAAAAAGCCAGGAAGCUAAAUGUAGCCAAUGCUGGUAUCCUUGAGUCUCAUAAACUGUAG